GCCAGGCGGCGCUGCCCGCGGCCCGGCCCGCCCGGCGCGGCCUCCUCCCGGCCGCCAUGGCCGCGCCCGCCGCGGGGACCGAGCUGCCCGUGCCCGAAUCAGGUGCUGUUUUCACAUUCGGAAAAAGCAAAUUUGCAGAAGAUAUUCCUAGCAAGUUCUGGUUCAAAAAUGACAAGCCUGUGCUCAUAUCAUGUGGAGAUGAACAUACAGCUAUUAUUACAGGGAAAGGUAAACUGUACAUGUUUGGCAGCAAUGACUGGGGCCAGUUAGGACUAGGAUCGAAGAACACUGUCAGCAAACCAACGUGUGUUAAAGCUUUAAAACCAGAAAAACCAAAACUUGCUGUUUGUGGAAGAAACCACACUUUAGUUUACACAGAAAAAGGAAAUGUCUAUGCUGCUGGAGGCAACAGUGAAGGCCAGUUGGGAUUAGGUGACACAGAGGAAAGAACCACAUUUCAUUUAAUUAGUUUUUUUACCAACCAACACAAGAUCAAGCAACUGUCAGCUGGAUCAUACACUUCAGCAGCAGUAACUGAGGAUGGGCAGCUCUUUGUGUGGGGUGAUAACUCAGAAGGUCAGAUUGGCCUGGCCAAUGAAGCCUCUGUCAGUGUCCCCUGUAAGGUGGAUAUUGGAAAACCUGUUUCCUUCAUAUCCUGUGGAUAUUAUCAUUCUGCUCUGAUUACAGGAGAUGGUGAGCUCUAUACCUUUGGAGAACCUGUGAAUGGGAAACUGGGAUUAUUCCCUGAACAGCUGAAGAACAAUAGAGUCCCACAGCCUGUACUGGGAAUUAUUGGAAAGGUUAAUAAGGUUGCCUGUGGUGGAGAACACACCGUGGUGCUGACAGAGACAGAUGUUUAUACUUUUGGACUUGGACAAUAUGGGCAGCUGGGACAUGGAACUUUUGUGUUUGAAAGCUCAGUACCAAAGCCUGUGAAACACUUGAAGAGGCAUAAAAUAUGUAACAUUGCAUGUGGGGAGAAUCACUCUGCUGUGAUAGCAGAGAAUGGCCUCAUGUUUACUUUUGGAGAUGGACGACAUGGCAAGUUAGGAUUUGGAGAAGAGAGUUUUACAAAUCUGUUUGAUCCCACUCUGUGUUACAACUUCUUGAAGUUCACAGUCCUUUUGGUUGCUUGUGGGGGUUGUCACAUGCUGGUUUUUGCUGCUCCAAGACCUAAAGGAUCUGAGGUAAUCUUGGAAGAUUUAUAUGAGCCUCGUUUGACUGCUACUAUCCCUAAAAUGAGUGGGGACUUCGUGCUAGCAAACACUUUGCAAUUAUCAGCAGCACGAAUACGACGUCGAGAGAGGGAAAGGUCACCAGAGCAGUUUGCUCGAAUGGCACAAACUCUGCCUCCAAUGGGAGAAAGCUUCUUGAGAUCUUCAUUGCCUGUGAAAAGCAACACCAGCCCAUUCUGGUUUUCUGCAACAAGUCAUCCUAAAUCUGACUCUGUGAGGGAUGGAGACCAUGGAAAAGAAAAUCAUAAUCAAGAAGAUAAACCUGGUGAAGUUUCUUCAGAACAAGAUUCAGAUAAUGAAAAUAUUGACAGAAAUCUUGGGGAUACAACUGACAUCCUAAACAUGACACAUGCAAUGAAGUUGAAUCCUGGUGACUGGUCCUUAAGAUUAUCACCACUCCAAAAACAGAAGAAAGGGCAUACCAGUGAGUGCAUCAGAAGAUUUCCAAAGGAGGAAAGUAAGAACAAUAAAAAUGUGAAACUGAAAAGAGAUGGUAAGGGUGGGCUGAAAAACAAGGAUUCUGAUUUCACAAAGGAGGGCUCAACAUUACAGUCUGGCUCUUCACAAAAGCAGUCUUCACUUUCAAAGUCACCUGGACAAGAUUUAGAAAAGAGUAGUGCCUUUGUAGGGAAGCCUGUGGCCAGAAAAAGUAUAAAGAAAGGUAAAUCUGAGCAUGCACAAAGUCAUACUACUUUGAAAAGUGGUGCUCAAGAAAUUACUGAGGACAAAAGCACAUUAGUGAAAAGGGAAAAAGAGUGUGUGGAGAAUCCUGAAUUUUUCAGACAGGGUGCAACAUAUAAUCUUCCCACUGAAAAUCAAAUUCUGACUGAAAAAAUAAAUUCUUCCAAUAAAAAGCCAAAAGCUGUUAAAUCUAAGCAAUCUCUUAAAAUAGAGGUACUUCCUUCUGCUCCCAGGGAUCAGCCCCAGACUGAUUCAUUAAUUGUACAAGAAUACAGUCCUGAUAAAAAGCAAGGGAGUCAAAAAACAACAGAAAGUCAAAACAAAAUAAAGGGUGGUGUUGAAAAAUCUGACAAGUGUGAAGGAAUGAAUGUCACAGGAGAAGAAAGUACUGCAGAACAGAAGGAGCUUAAAAAAAGGCAUCAAUUUUUGAAACAAGUAUCUGUAAGUUCGUCAUCAUCUUCUACUGAGGAAAGUACUAAUGAUCUCCCAAAAUAUAUACUUAAGGAAGAGGUCUAUGAACACAGAGUUGUCCAGAGGGCAAGGAGAACAGUGACACAUCUGGACAUAGAAAAAGACAGUGAGAUUGAGGAGAUGCAAGCUACAAACAAUGAGAAAGAAUGUGUAGAACAGACUGAUGUAAAAAGCCUGAAUGAGGAAGAAACAAGCUCUGAUGGUAAAUCUGAUGAAGACAGGCCAUUAGCAAUUAAGAAUGAGGAGGAAUCUGAUCAGGAGCAGGAGAGUGAAGGCAGUGAAAAGGGUGAAAGUGAAAAAGAAAAACUGGAUGAAACAAUUGACAGUGAAGGUAAACUCGGGGAGGAAGAAGAGAGUGAAGUUAAAAAAGAUAGAGAUGAAAUUUCAGUAGAAAAAGAUGAAGAGGAAGAAAAUGAAAGUGAGGAAUCACAGGCUGAAAGAGACAGUGGGAAUGAGGGUGCAGAGGAGAGUGAGGAGGUCAAUCAGCAAGAUGGCAAAGAUCAAGGAGAUGAGCAAGGCAGGUUGAUGGAGGAAGAAGAAAUGGUGAGUGAGGAGGAAAAGGAGGAUAUGGAGGAGAAGUAUGAGAAAGAGGAAGGCACUGAAAAAGAAAAGGAGGAACAGGUUAAAAGUGAGGUAAGAGAUGAAAGUGAGGAAGAAGGAGAAGAUAGAGAGAGAGAGGAAGAAAAAGAAGUAGAGGCAGAAGAGGAAGGAGAAGAUGAAAAGGAAGAUGAAGAAGACAAAGAAAGGGAGAGUGUAAAAGGCAAAGAGGCUGAAGAGGAGGAUUUUGGAAACUCAUUGGCAGGGAGGGAAGAAGAGAUAUCUGAAGAACAGGAUGAGGAAGAUGCAAAUACACAAACUAAGGAAGGGGAUGAGAAUGGAGUGGAAGAAGGUAAAGAUGGGGAGGAUGAAGUGGAAGAGAAAAGAGAAGAUGAGAAAGAGGAAGGAACAGAGGCAGAAGCAGAAGGGGAGGAAGGGGAAGAAGAUGAAAAGGAAGAAGAGGGGGAAAAUGAAGAGGAAGGGGAAGAUCAAGGGGAAGGAGUGGAACAAGAUGAGGGAGUAGGGGAGGAAGAAGAGACUGUUGGAGAAAGUGAGGGAGAACAGGGAGUGGAAGAAGAAGAGGAAGAUGAGGAAGAAGAAGAAGGAGUGGAAGAAGAGGGAGUGGAAGAAGAGGGGGAUGAGGAAACAGUAGAGGAAGAAGAGGUAGAGGAGGGAGAAGAGGGAGGGCAGGAAGAAAGAGAAGAAGAGGAAGAGAGUGAAGAGGAAGAAGAAGAAGAGGAAGAGGGGGAAGAAGGAAAAGGGGAAGAAGGUGAGGGGGAAGAAGAAGAGGAGGAAGAAGGUGAGGAGGAAGAAGAAGAAAAAGGAGGGGAAGAGGAAAAAGGGGAAGAGGGUGAGGAGGAAGAAGAAGAGGAAGAGGGAGAAGAAGAAAAAGGGGAGGAGGGGGAGGAGGAAGAAGGUGAAGAGGAAGAGGGGGGAGAAGGUGAAGAGGAAGAAGGGAAAGAAGGAGACGAGGAGGUAGGAGAGGAGGAAGAAGAGGAUGAGGGAGAAGAAGAUGAGGUUGAGGAGGAAGAAGGAGAGGAAGAGGAAAAAGCAAAAGAUAAAAGAAGAAAAUAUAGCAGUAAACUUCCAGAAAAGAAAAGCAAACCCAGGAAGCCAGACAAGACAGAAAGUACUGCUCUACCAAACAGCUCUAAACAAAAAAUGAAAUCCAAACAUCAUGUUGCAAAUGGUUUACAUAAUUCAGAACAAUUUUGGAACAAUGUGCUACCUCAUUAUUUAACACUAAAGUAGCAUAGACUACUGGAGAUGCAUUUUAAGCCUAUUCAGGAAACAGUUUGAUUUUUAUUACUUAAAAGAAAAUUUUCAUACUCUUAUGCAUACAAUGUAAGUGCCAAUUUCUUGAAAAAGACUGAAGAAAAUGUUUAGAUUUAGGAUACUCUUAUGAGAGAAAUCAUACUUUACUGAUACAAUCAUUUUCACAAUCAUGUUUAUCAUGUAUGAUAUAGUAAAAAAAUUAAUUGCUGAGGAGGUAAACUGUGUUUGCCUCUUAAAGUGUAAUGUCAUGCUGACAAAUGAAUUAUACAUUGUAACAGUGUGAUCUUUGCCUUUGAAUCAGCAAUACACCAAUUUUAGUUGCAGGACAGUUUACUUGAUAAUGUGCCUUACAUGACAGGAGUUUCAGUAAAUUAGCAAAUGUACCUAUUUUUAAAUUUUGGUAUCGCCCCAUAAUUUAUUCCCCCUAUUUUUAUUCUGUUCAUGCAUUGGUAAAAUAUUCAAGUACUUAAAGAAAGGACAAGUUGCCAAAUUUACAUGGGUUAGCAGAUGGGAGGUAAAUGGAAAUGCAGGCCUGGCUAAGUGAUGGCCUGGGACUUUUCAAGGGCCUUGAGGCUGACUUCUUAUUUUGGUGUCAGCACAAAAUUCUGUACAGAAAGACACACACAGAUCUCCAUGCUUAAACAUAUAGUCUUAGAAUUCAGGGAUAAUUUUUGAUAUCACACUUGGUGAUAAGAUAGAAAUAAGAAUUUGAAAUAUACACAUCUAAAACAUUUUUUAUUUGUCUAUACUGUGCAAUACAUAGAAGAUUCUGUAUCUGCCUAUAAAAGACUACAUCACAUUAGUCCUCUAACUCUGAGGUACUCCAGGAGGGGAAAUAUAUGUUGUUGCUCUGUGAAAACACAUAUAUGUUUUCAAGAUCAGAGCCAAAGCUUCUCCUCGUUGAAGGAGAUUUAUCAGUUUCCCUUCUAAAAAAAUCCUAUUUGUAAUCUCCAAAAAAGAGGUAAACCAACAAGCCAGAUGGAAUAGUAAAGAAAGUGGCAAGAAAGUCCAAAUUCUUUUUGGAAAAGACAAAGUUAAUACUUUUAGAAUUUCCUUAAAAUACACAAACAAAUCUUGCAAAUUAUUUUUGUAAGAUAAUGCAUCACUCUUUCAACCACUAGGGACUGAACUGGCAAAUGAAGGGAUAGGGACUCAUCAUGCAGCAUUGUUAUUUGAAUAUUAUGCCAAUGGGUGGUCUGAGAAAUUUCUGUAAACUGAUCUCAGUAUUGACAUUCUCUAGAAAAAUAGUUAUUUAAGCCCUAUUUGAAAAAGAGGAGAGAAGAAGAAAGGAAGCAAAAUGAGUAAAUGUCAUUCAAUAAAAAUGUGAAUGGAAUCAAUACAUAUGUUGAGAUUAUAAAACAUUUUAAUAUUUUUUGUAAGAUAGUGGCAUUAAACGGUUUUUGACACGAUGUCUCCAGAAUUUGUUUUCUAAAAACCUGUAGUAGAUCAAUAGUUUGCCAGUAAAUCCUAGUCCAGGUCCAACCUUCCUGCCUCACUCACCCCUUCCACAUACUGCAUUUGAAGGUAAGAUCACCUCAGUCACGUGCUGUGCCUAACUACAACAAAAAGUUAUCCCAGUGACUCUAUUUUGUCCCUGUGAAAUUUGUUUCAAACUUUGGAAUUCUCUGGAACACAUUGUCUUGACAUCAGCAUGUGUCUUUGGAGCAGGGUAAGUAUCCUCAUGUUGUGUUAGAGAAUGUUUUAUCAGUUAAAUGCCCUUCCUAAGAAAUCAACUCUAAUAAUGGAGUCAUCAGAUAUUUUGUCAGUGUGCUGUGUUAUCACUGAACUCCUGAAAACACUUCCCUUUGAAACUAAGUGGAGCUGUGAUGUGUUAUCUUGUCUUUCUUGGGAAAGAUUAGGAUGCUACUGUGAUUAAACUUAGAGUAGUACUGAAAACUAUUUUUAUAGGCCUAAAACUGGGUUUAUUGGAUAUGACAUCUACUUCUUUGUGGUUCUAGAAUUCAAGGUUGGAAGAAAACUGGGCUCUGAAAAACAAAACAACCCUGUUAUUUCUAGUGAAAAAUAUUUCCUAGAGAGAGGGAGAGAGAGAGAAAAGAGAGCAUUUUAAAGCAAGUGAUUUCCAGUUCUACAUAGGAAUGGUCCUUCAUUUACUGUUUGUUUGCAGCAUUUAAUAUAAAUUCUUAGGCAAAUGAGGACUAUUUGUUUCUCUCUGCUAUGCUGAUAGGAGAAAGCUUUCCAAGAGAGUGAAGGAAGCCAACUUAUGGGCAUCUCCUCCUCUUUGUUUUGUCUGGAUGAAAAUUCGUUGAUUUGAGAAAUGAUUUUAUGUAGUUUUGUGGAUCAUUCCUGUGGCAGGGGAAAAGCAGAGCUUUAUUCCAGCACUUCUAAGGGUUUUCCACAGACUCAUUACAUAAAUUGUGCUCUGUGCCAGCGUUUCUGGGCUUUGAGGGGACUUUGGAACUCCAUUAGCAUAACGAAUGGAAUUUUAUUUAGUUUGACUCAUUCUGGUCUAUAAAGUUUGCUACUUGUGGUUUUGUGGAAAUUCAGUAUAUCCUUGGUAUUUAUUAUGGCAUACAAAGAGAGUUAUACACAGUACUGAAGAAAUGUGGCAGAAAUAGUCCUGAGUUAGUUUUUAUUAGAGAAAAAAAUUCCUACAUUAGAGAGAGAAAACAAAAGACAAUUGCCCAGACUGAAGAUCUGCCUGUCUUUUUUCUACUAAUGGUUAUUGGUGAGUGCCUGGGGAAAAAAAAAUAGAAUUUUAGAGUAGCACAAUCAUGUAGUGUUACUUCACCCCUGUAAUCAUUCAGUAUAAGGAAUGUAUUCAGCAUUUUCAAUAAUUUGUUGUUCAGUAGAUAUAUGUAUUAUGUUUAACAUCCAUUUUCUUCACAUGAAUUUAUUUCAAUCAAUUUUUAAACUGUUUAGCAUGUUUUGGAAAAUAAUAUGUGGAUUUCUUUACACAUUGUUUGAAGAAGUAACUCCUCUUUUUACUUGCAUCAUUUAAUGUCUUUGUAUUCUUGUACUAGAAAAAAGAGCAUUUAUUCCCUCUUCAUGAUUUAUUCCCUAAUGAUUAUCAUGUGGAAAAACUGUUCAGUUCUGUGAUUUAAGUGUAGAAUAAGUGGUUUACUGAUUUAUUACAAUUAACCAGCAAGCAACCACUUAUAUGUUUAAUUCAAGAGCAGCAACACAGCAGUCGACAGCAAGACUGGACAUCCUUAGGUGUUGAUAGGCACCUGUGAAUUUCUAGGCACUCCCAGCAGCUCAUCUCAGAAGUUUGAAUCCCCUGCACAGUCUCACAGACAUUCACAGAAUUACAGAUGCAGCUGCUGCCUUUUACAGCAGGUAUCCAAUACAAACACCUCUGGCACUUUCAGAGUUCAGAACAGAGCUCAGCUCUGCUGCUGCCUCACAGCUCUCACAGAGGUGAGGGUGCUCUGGGUGACUUUAGAAUAUUCUGUAGCACAGCUCUUGUGCCUGCAAAAUUUCACCUGGUAAGUUUUUCCAUUAUGGCUGAACAUAUCAAACCUUUUAUUCAGAUAGCAGAUCUCUUUGCACAAUUGAUGCUGAAUAACAAAAACUUCCCUCUCCAAACUACAUAAAUGCCUAGGUUUCACUCAUUAUUUUUGUUCCAGUUUCUUAUCAGGAUGAGUACAUGAAUAUUCUUUAGAACAAGACCUUUCAGAAUUAUGCAGAAAGGACAUCUAGUUUUUUUCAUUGCUUUUAGAUUUUUUUCCCUCCUUGUUUUUCUUACCUAUAGGCAUCUUUUAUUAUAAAUUUUAGCUUAUUUUCUCCCAAGAUGACACUACCUUCUAGAUCCUGUCUCUCAUAUAAAAUUAAGGAUCUGUAAAAAGACCAAAAUGUAAGGGCAAUGUAAAUAUGAAAGGGUAAUUUUUCAUCUAAUUUCUAAUUGUGGAAGUGACAGUGUUUAGUACUGUGGCAUUCUAUGAGCAACUGAGCAAAUUCUUUGCUUGCACAAAUGGCAAACCCUUAGUAUUGUGCUCAGUAAAGUUCUGAGCAUGUUUGGGAUCCAAAGUCACUCACUGAGCUGUAAAAUUCUUAUACACAUAUUUAUGUUUUAAUGGAGACAGGAGAGGUUAACUUUUUGCAUCAGAAAAUUACAUUGCAGACUGUGACAGAGGUUUUAUUUUUCUAUUGCCAAAAGAAGAAGCAAGUACAGUUAAUCACUCUCUUUUUAUAAGGAUUUAUGAUAGUUCUCAUUGCUUUUUUGCUUGUCAACCUCAUGCUAUAAUGAUUUAAACAAAUAUUAAUACUGCUAUCUCAAACCCCCAUGCUUAGUUAUGAAAAUAAUUCUGAUCAGUGCCCUGAAAUGUCUAGUGUAAAAAUACUUACCAUUCUGGUUUUCUUAUUUCUCCAGUACUGAAAAAUCAGAAAUUACUCUUUUGGUCUGUGAUGGGUUGCAGGGCUGUCUGCUGGAGUGUGGUUCAGUGGUAUGGAUUUAGAGCCUUAUAAUUUGUCAUGACUGCCAUACCUUUCACACAGUCUCAUUUGUGGUUUGUGUGAAAUGUAAAGUAUUUGUGCUGUCAUAUGGGGAGUGUGGGAGAGAGAAACAAAGGUGGCUCCAAAAAGAAUUUUGUAUUAAACAAAGCCUUUAUCUGCACCUUUUGUGCAAGGAUAUAGAUCCCAGCAGUAUUGAGGAGUAAUAUUUCAAACCUCCUGUGUACUAGUGUUAGUACAAGAGCCUGUGCUGUUCAACUGGAAAGUAAACAAUAAAUACCAACCUAAAAGGAGCUUGUGAGCCACCCUGGCAGAGCCUGGCUUUCUUACAGGAAAUAUAAAAUACUUCACCUUCAUUCUAUCCAGCAUCUAUCCAAGGCACAAACCUACUUUCAUAAUUAGAAACACAGCAGUAGAACUGCUGCAAAAAUCAGCCUCUUUUACAAGGCACUUCAUUAUCUUCUGUGAGGAGAAAAAGAACAAAGCAAUCCUGAACGUGUCCUGUUUUAAGGGCAUAGAGAGAAGUCAAGCUGUGCUUUAAAGCCAGCCUUGUAGUGGCUGAAGGAGAACUUCCACAAGUGCUGGCAUGACGUGGAGAACAAUUCCAUGGAAAGCUGGUGGCACUUGCAUUACUGAGUUGGGUGUACCUUGAAAAAUCCAUGACAUGGGCUUAAGGAUUAGUGAUGGUUGUGGAAAAAUUACCACUUUUACAUCUGAGUAUUUUAAAAUGGGAGCUCUCCCCUGACACCCAGUCUUGCAGUCUUUGGAAGUUUUAGAAAUGACCCAUGGACCAGCUCUUUAAGGAAAAUACAGAGUCAGAGAAUCUCAAAAAACCUUCCUGCCUGCUUUGGUGCUUUGGCAAAAAUUUGCCUUACCAGUAUUUUCAUCAAAGCACUGAAUAAAAGCAUGGAAAAGGCAGGAUUUUAAUGAAAAGUACAGGAUUUGGGAGAGGCAGGCAGUACUCUAAGCUAUGUGCACAAUAAAAGCAGAAAGUAGUGACUGUCCUCAUUCACUUGCAAAUAUGUGGGAGCUGCAUGACAAACUCCAGACACUAAUUUUUUUUCUAUAAGGAUUUGGAAAAUAUGCACAAUCUGCAUCCAAGUGUGGGCCAGUAUUCCCAAGUAAUUUUUUUUCUCUGUGUCUGCUAGCAUUAAGAAUUCGUUUUAUACAGCAUAAUAUCUUCCAGAGACACAGUAAGUUUUUUAGAUAACACCAAGAUAUUCUGGAGCUGCUCAUUAUAUUUCUCCUGCUUUGCUUAAGUACUCAGGAGUUAUUUUGGUAUGCUAUUUCUGAGUGACUGAAUAUUAGAGGGUAUUUAUGUUUUUGUGUAAAAUACUUCAUAAGAGAUGAUACUUGGUGUAAACAGUCUCUAACUUGUUUUAUAGUUUUCACAAAACACUUUAAAUUAUUUCUAGUUCUACAGAAGGGGAUUUUUUCCCCUUUUUGCUUGGAAAAUUAUAUUUUCUAUUUGUUCUUCAAAGAAAGAAAACUUUUAUGAGAAGGUAACUGUUUUGUAUAUGAAAGUUGUAAUAUAUCAGAGCUAUUUCAGAUCUUGACUUAUCUUGGGGAAUAAACAAAAAAUAUGUUCUGAGCUGCUGGGAGGAUAAACCCUUUUUUUGAGAUAUAACCCUUUAAAUAACUCUAUUUAAAUUUGUAGUGAAAAACUGAAAGUACAAAUACUUCUUCAGAAUGUAGUUUUAAAUUACAAUUUUAUACAUUGGUAAGUAGUUGUUUUUAUUUGCAGAAGAAUGCAGAGAUAUAUCUUUUUCCAAGUACACCUACAGCAGCAAGCUGGCAAACCACAGAAUAAUUACACCAAAGCCAACUGAAAUUAUCUUUAAGAGAAUGCUCUCAAAAAUCACUCUAUGUGAUAAAUGCCAGUGUGCAGUCUCAGGAUGACACCUAAAGCUUUGGUUAAUAAAUGUAAUCUGAUUAAUCCUCUUAAUACAAAGUAUGUGUACU